AUGAGACUCCCCAGCCUCCUCGUUUUGGCAUUGAGUCUGUGUGCCACUGCUGCAGCCUUUCCACAAGAUGAGGUUGAGGCUGCAAACCACAGGCACAUAACAAAAACCAAAACAACAAUCACUACCACUAAGUUACAUCCAACACACACGAAGUCUACCAGCACCAAGACAACCACCAAGAUCCACAAGCCAACAGGAACACCGUGCUCUGGCAAUACAGCUAGAACCAGAUCCAAGUGGUGCAACUACGAUGUGAACACAGACUAUACGAAGACUGUGCCCAACACUGGUGUGACUCGCGAGUACUGGCUCAGCCUUGAGGAUCUCAAUUUGGCACCAGAUGGCUUCAGCCGUUCAGUGAUGACCAUCAACGGCACCAUCCCUGGCCCGACCAUUUUCGCAGACUGGGGCGACUGGGUCGUCAUACACGUUGCGAACAAUCUGAAAGUAUCCAAAAAUGGGACUAGCAUUCACUGGCACGGCAUCAGACAGAACUAUACCAAUGGAAAUGAUGGUGUUGUCUCUAUUACCCAGUGCCCCACUGCGCCUGGCUCAACUAUCACCUACAAGUGGCGCGCUGAGCAAUAUGGUUCUUCUUGGUACCACUCUCACAUUGGCCUGCAAGCUUGGCAGGGUGUCUUUGGUGGAAUCAUCAUCAAUGGCCCUGCAACUGGAAACUAUGACAUUGACAAGGGCAGCUUGUUCUUGACUGAUUGGUCGCACCAGACGGUUGAUGAGCUUUCCAUCGUUGCUCAGACUGAGGGUCCUCCCAUAAUGGACACCGGUCUCAUCAAUGGAACUAAUGUCUUUGGUAACGGCACCAAUGCUACAGGCAAACAUUUCCAGAUGAAGGUCAAUUCAGGAUCGUCGUAUCGACUACGAAUCGUCAACUCUGCCAUUGAUACUCACUGGAAAUUCAUGAUCGACAACCAUACCAUGACAGUCAUCGGCAUGGAUUUCGUGCCCAUCAAGCCUUUCCAGGCAGAGUAUAUCAACAUCGGAAUGGGCCAACGCUACGACGUAAUAAUAACAGCCAACCAACGACGAAUCUCCGACUCAUUCUGGAUCCGCGCCAUUCCCCAAGAAGCAUGUUCCGAAAACGCCAGUCCAGACAACAUAAGAGGAAUAAUGUACUACGGCAACACACCACGAACACCAACCACAAACCCCUUCACCUUCAACGACAGCUGCAUCGACGAACCAGCAAGCAGUCUCAUCCCCCAAGUCCCCAAGACCGUCUCCGCAGCAGACUGGAGCGACAUGACCGACGUAACAGUAGGCCGCAACUCCGCCAACCUCUUCCGCUGGUAUCUCAACAGCACAACGAUGCAAGUCCUCUGGGAAGACCCGACUCUCCUCCAACUCCACAACAACGAGAACACGCCCAAUUUCACUGUUUCCAGUGGUGUUAUUGAACUUCCUCGUCCGCAUGAGUGGGUUUAUCUCAUGAUUAAUACGAGUAUCCCUGUUGCGCACCCGAUUCAUUUACACGGGCAUGAUUUCUUUGUUUUGGCGCAGGGAUCGAAUCCGUGGGAUGGGGUUGUGCAUACUGCGAAUCCGCCGCGUAGGGAUACGGCCAUGUUGGUUGGGAAUGGGUUUUUGCUUAUUGCGUUUGAGACUGAUAAUCCAGGGGCUUGGCUUAUGCAUUGUCAUAUUGGAUGGCAUACGGAUGAAGGGUUUGCGUUGCAGUUCUUAGAGCGGGAGAGUGAGAUUGAACCGUUGAUUGAUUUUGGUGGGUUGAAAGAGAAUUGCGCUUCUUGGAAUGCUUAUGAUGAGGCAUUUAAUAUUGAGCAGAUGGAUUCGGGGGUUUAG